AUUUCAAACCAAUUUUCGGGCUGAAUAACGUAAAUUUUUUUUGUUCUUUGCAAAUCUGGUAUUUUCGGCGUGUUUUUAUUUUGUACGAUGAACAUGGAAAACGAACCGAAAAAUAUUCAACAAAUCAAAUCGAAAUUCAAUGAAAUUUGCACACCGUUCGUUAAUCAAAUGAGCGACAAAUUGGUGACCAGUUUGAAUGAUAUUAUAAAACAAACGAAUAAAACACUCAAACUAAAGCAAUUUGAAGACAAAUUUAAGGCGGAUAUGAUGAAGAAAUGGCACGAAGAAUUCGAUACACUGUGGGAAACAAAGCAGUUGGAACAACGGCUGACGACAUUGAAUGAACUGAAGCAACAACACAAACCAAAGGGGCCCAAUGAAAAAGCAUGGCGUGCACAUGGGCACACGGCCGAACAACAGACCCAGCACAGUCGCAAUCGUCAGAUGUCGGUACAUUUACUAAAAAUGCGAGAACUUCUCAGUGAACAGUCGAAUGAGUUGCAGAAAAUGAUCUUGGAAGUUGAGCAACGACGAAACUAUUUCAACGAUCUAUCGAAGCGGCGUGCCAAAGUAAUGGAAGAAAUGGAUGCUAAACUAGUGGAACUGCAGCCAAAAUUAAUUGAAGCCGACGAGUAAUCACGGGCGAAACACAUCUGUGCGAAACACCAAAUUCAAAAUUCAUUCACAUCCUAAAUAUAAGGCUCAUAUUCUCAGCUUAGGUAGAAAAAUAUUCAAAAUGUAAAUAAAAUAAAAAGAAUGAAAUGUGUUCAACAUAAUUUGUCGGAUGCAAAUUAAUAUUUGGUUUAUUUGAUAAUAAAUCGUUAUAAUCGGU